AUGGAAGAAAAUCUGCUACCGAACGCUCUACCUACUCCUGAUCUUCCUGGUGAAGAGCGGCGACAAGAGACCGAAAAGAAUAAUGAAACUAAAAAUAAAGUAUUAACUAUCUCCGCACCUGAAGAAGUUACCGUGAGCCCAGACUCAAGGCUGCUUCUCAGCUUAACAGACGGAGAAAGUUCUACUUAUAGCUCUGAAGUUACAGAGGACGAUGAACUGUCAUCUGCUGCUUCAUCCUCAGACGAAGAUGAAAAUGAAGAAUUAUCUUUGUCAAAUAGAAUAAUGCAAGAAAUUCAAGAUGGUACCUACACUUGCUUGGUUUGCACUUCUGAGAUCGAUGCCUUUUCCAAAAUAUGGUCAUGUGCUGGAUGCUAUAGAGUGUAUGACUUGGACUGUAUAAGAGAUUGGGCGCUUAGAGGGUCAUCUACCGACAAGAGUAACAAAAACUGGAGAUGCCCUGCCUGUAACAUUGAAACAAACGUAGUGCCUCAGAAGUUUACUUGCUGGUGUGGGAAGGUGAAGAACCCAGACCCGAACGAAUUAAUGCCCUUUAGUUGUGGGAACCCAUGUAAUGAACCCUACGAAGACUGUGUUCACAGAUGUGGAUCCCAAUGCCACCCUGCACUGCAUCCCGUUUGUGGGGCUAUGGGACCUGUGAUGAAUUGUGCGUGUGGUAAACUGCAUCGCCAAUUGCCCUGUUUGAUUACUCCUUACAAGGAAGGAUGGAAGUGUAACGAGCCGUGCAACACUGUAAUUUGUCCAUUGGGACAUAGGUGUAACCAUAAUAAUGUGGGCGGUUGUCACCUGGGCUUCUGUGGUUCCUGUGAGGCGACUAUUGAUACCGUCAAGUGCUACUGUGGUAAACACGAUGAUUUGACCAUAAAAUGUUUUGAACGUAACCCUAAGAACUGUUCCGAUCCUGGCAACACAUUGAGUAAAUGGGUAGGUUACACUGACUGUGGUGAAACCACAACAAUCUACCAUGAUUGUGGUAUCCACCUGGAGGUUUUCAAUUGUGAACCGUUACCUACUGAAAAGCUUAUAUGUAACUUUUCUCCAGCAAGGGUUAAGACUUGCCAAUGUGGGAAGACUUCCGUAGACCAAGCCAAACGAACAAAAUGUACUGAUCCGAUUCCUGAAUGUGACAAUGUUUGUGGGAAGAAAUUGCUGUGUGGCUGUUUCUGUAAAGCUAAGUGUCACUCAGGUGAAUGCAUUUGUUAUAACCUUUUAGAUGUGAAGUGUUCGUGUGAAAAUCAUACAUUCUCGGUGCCUUGCAGAUUCAUUCAAGCUGGUUAUAAACCCAAGUGUAAGCAUAAGUGUACUGUGUUGUUGAACUGUCGUAAGCACUAUCAUAAAGAAGUGUGCUGCGCUUAUGAACAAAUCGCUCAAAGAAGAGAAAGGGAGAAAAAGAAAGCCGUUAGAAAUGGAAUCAGGUCGUCUUUGGUUGAUGAAAAUGAUAUCAUGACUGUGGAACCUGCCCAUAUCUGUACUCAGCCAUGUAGCAGGUUAAAACUGUGUGGGGUCCAUCAGUGUGAAGCCUUCUGCCAUAGCGGACCUUGUGGAACUUGUUAUGAAUCUUCCAAUGACGAUUUGAUAUGUAAUUGUGGCAAGACGAUCAUUGAAGCUCCUGUAAGAUGUGGAACUAAAUUGGAAUGCCAUGAACAGUGCAUUAGAUCAAAGGAAUGUGGUCAUAGAUUAGAAACCCAUGAAUGUCAUCCUGAUAAUAUCCAGUGUCCUAAAUGUACCAAAUUGGUUACCAAGGAAUGUAAUUGUGGGAAUAAAAAGGAUAUGCCUAAUGUCUUAUGUUCACAGUUGAAUGUUUCUUGUGGUAAAGUUUGUAAAGUAACCAAAAACUGUGGUCAUCCGUGUUUGAAGGUGUGUUCGGAAUCAUGCACUAAAAAAAAUGUGCACGCUAGUUCUUCCGUAUGUCAAAGUCUUUGUGGCAAGGUUAGAAUCAAUUGUCCUCAUGCAUGUAAGCAAAAGUGUCACUCUAAUAAAGUUGGAAAAUCCAAAAACUGUGACGCUGUGCGUUGUUCGGAAGAAGUGACAGUUCAAUGUGAAUGUGGCAAUAAGAGUAAGACCCUCAAAUGUGGAGCUUCUCUUAUUGAUAAGUCAACUAUUGGCACAUUCUUAGACUGCGAUGAAGAAUGUUUAGCAAUUAAAAGGGAUAACGAGUUGAAAAAUGCAUUCAAUAUCGUCGGAAAAGAUAUUACUGAUGAUGAAAUGCAACAGAUCCUGCUUGAGGAAGAAAUCGAAUAUAUGGAUUCCGUGAUGGCUGUCUACCAAAGGCAAAAGCUUUGGUGUAGCAGAAUUGAGCUGCAAAUGAGAUCAUUCGUGGUCAACUAUUUCAGAGAGCUUGAAUCGAAUUCUGAGGGUAGCGAGGAUAUCGACAUUCCAAUGAUGAAGAAGUCUUUGCAUUUCCCACCCGCAAGCAGUCCCCAAAGGAAGUUUAUCCACGAGCUUGCCUCUGCAUUCAAAUUAUAUUCCGAAUCCUUGGAUGAGGAGCCUUUAAGGACUACUUUUGUAGUGAUUACCAAGUCCACUGUAAUUCCAAGAUUAAGACUUGAGGAAGCUAUAUUGAGAAAGCAAGAAAUCAUCAACGAGUAUCUCAGAAAUAAGGAAAUAAAGCAAAACCAAAUUCAAAGCUCCUUGUGCAAUGCGAUCUUGAUUCAAGAUGUAUUUUUCGGCAUUACAAAGGAAAUAUUAGAACUUGAAUUGUUGAAGGUGGCUCUGCAAAACAAGAGACUAAAUGAUUUGGAACUUCAUUGGAUUAAGGGUUCAACUUAUUGCAUGGUUUCCAAACUGAAAAUUAUGAAUAUGGACACUGCACUGGAAAAUGAUUUAUAUUUGAUUAUGAAGUCAUUCAAGCAAGUUGUGCGUGAUAAAUCGCUCGCUUUUGACUGUAAGUUGUGCCUAGUUGAUGAAAGUGUCGAACAUGUGUUGAAAACUGAUGAACAGAUUAGAAUUUUAGAUGAAGAUUUGGCUUUCGAAGAAGUCAAUGUUGAUGUUGAAAAGGAAAAGGAAUUCGAAGUGCACAUCCACCAAGAGCCCCAAGCAGAAACGGUAUUGUUUUGA